UCAUUUAUCUUGAUCAGACGUGUGGAUCGUGUUAAAUACCGAGAGGUGCAUAGCGAAAUUUUUAUAUUUUGAUAGACCGCGGUCAAAGAAGCCGCGCGAGGCUACUCGGAUGCGUUUUUAUCUCUAUGUGGAUGAUUCAAGUAUAAAUAUCCCGCAUGUAAUAAACAUCCGCCGUUAUAAUGUCGACAAAGAGGUAUAAAGCUGAAGAAGUCAGCGAAGACAGCAGUGCAGGUAGUGGCAGUGAUUUUGAUGACGAUGAGGAUCCAGAUAAAAUAGAAGUACCAGGUGGUGGAAAAGAUCUGGCGACAGCUGCAGGCAUUGGCGGAAUUAAAGAGGAGAAACCAUUGGUUCCAGCUCCCUUGCUCAAGGGACAUGGUGGAGUUAGCACAUUCGUGGAACCCUCGCCAUUACUCAACCAAAAAUUUGCAAAUAAACUACCGGGUGGUCUAGUUACAAAAAGCAACGCCGCUCCGGGCUACGAGAUGCUUCGUGUCGGUGGGUCUCAGGGGACACCGGCCUUCAUGGGUGUAGGUGGAAUGGGGCCGGUUGGACAAAUGGCUGCUAAUAAUCCCUAUGCAUUUCCACCGAGUCUUGCUAGUUUAGCAGGUUACAAUCCCGCUGCCCUUUUUCAACAUAGUAAGUCACCUUCUGCAAUGGAAAUGAGCAAUAUGAUGGGAAUGGGUAGUCUAAUGGGCCUUGGAUCUAUGGCUGGUCUAAACCCAUUUAUGCUGCAACAAUUCCUAACCCAAAACGGAAUGCAUCCAAAUUGGUCUGGAGGAUUGUCAGGUAAAGCCGUAUCUCAAUUGUGGAUGAAUUCCGGUGAUCCGGGAAAAAUGAACAUGCAGCCGACACUGCCAGAAGAAGAAGAAGUGGAUGAUGAAGAUAUGGGUGUUGCAGAAACCUACGCAGAUUACAUGCCAACAAAAUUAAAACUAGGCCGAAAGCAUCCUGAUCCUGUUGUGGAAACCGCUUCAUUAUCUAGCGUGGAGCCGACAGAUGUGUGGUAUAAAGUUGUCAUCCCUGAAGAGAUUAUUCGGUCCGGCGCCUUGUCCGCGUUGCAAUUAGAAUCGAUAACAUAUGCAUCGCAGCAGCACGAGCACUUAUUACCAGAUGGUACAAGAGCUGGUUUUCUCAUAGGAGAUGGAGCUGGAGUAGGAAAAGGUCGAACAAUAGCUGGAAUAAUAUUUGAAAAUUAUUUAAGAGGUAGAAAACGGGCGAUCUGGGUAUCUGUUUCUAAUGAUUUGAAAUAUGAUGCUGAACGAGACUUGAAAGACAUAGGUGCAGGAAAAAUUGAAGUGCAUCCAUUGAAUAAAUUUAAAUAUGCGAAGAUAUCGUCGGCCGUGAAUUCAAACGUUAAGAAAGGUGUUAUAUUCAGUACUUACUCAGCCCUCAUCGGCGAAUCUUCUCAAAGUGGGGGUAAAUACAAAAGCCGACUGAAGCAGCUAUUACAGUGGUGUGGCGAAGACUUUGAUGGGUUAAUUGUGUUUGAUGAGUGUCACAGAGCGAAAAAUCUCUGUCCUACUGGUAGUUCAAAACCAACAAAAACUGGCCUUACGGUAUUAGAACUUCAAAACAAAUUGCCUAAGGCACGUGUUGUAUACGCUUCCGCGACGGGUGCGUCGGAACCAAGGAAUAUGGCUUACAUGGUGAGAUGUGGUAUGUGGGGGGAAGGGACACCUUUUCCGGAAUUCACUGACUUCAUCGCUGCUGUAGAAAAAAGAGGUGUUGGCGCUAUGGAAAUUGUAGCUAUGGACAUGAAGCUGAGAGGAAUGUAUAUAGCCAGACAGCUCAGCUUUCACGGUGUGGCAUUCAAAAUUGAAGAAGUUCCUUUAUCCAAAGAAUUUACAAAAGUGUACGACACUUCUGUGAAACUGUGGGUUGAAGCUAUGCAGAAAUUUCAAGAGGCUGCUGAACUUAUUGAUGCCGAAAACAGAAUGAAAAAAACAAUGUGGGGACAAUUCUGGUCUUCGCAUCAAAGAUUUUUCAAGUAUCUUUGUAUAGCUGCUAAAGUUAAACAUGCGGUAGCAGUUGCUCGUGAAGCAGUGAAAUGUGGCAAAUGUGUCGUGAUAGGUCUACAAUCUACUGGAGAAGCCCGUACCUUAGAACAACUAGAGAGAGAUGAUGGAGAACUCAGUGACUUUGUCUCAACAGCCAAGGGAGUUCUUCAAACUCUGGUGGAAAAACACUUCCCAGCACCUGAUCGAAAUCGAAUACAUCGAUUACUUGGUCUUGAGCCACCGAAAUCCGGCAAAUCUCAUAAUGGGGACUUUGAGGAAGCAGGAGGUUCAACAGGAAAACGCAAACCAGUGCGUCAAGCUGCACAGAGAGCAUCGAAAAAGGUCAAGACAUGGUCUACCGAUGAUGAUGUGUCUGAGGAUGACAGAAAUGGCGGUGGUCGGAGUUCUGGAUCGGAGUUUAAACUCUCUGGAACUGAAAGUGAAGAUGAUAAUCGUAGCGACGAUGAAAGUAACGCUAGUUCUGACUUUAAUCCCUUCUACAGUGACAGUGAUUCUGAUGCAGAUCCGUGGGACCGGAGGAAAAAAAAGGGGAAGAAGCACAAAAAAUCACCGAAAAAACGUCUAAGUACGCAAGAUAAAAUUCAGUCGAUGCUUGCAAGUAAAACAUCACAUAACAAAAAUAAACGGAACGGUGAGAGUGGUAUGGGAAUGCCUGGAAUGGGCCUGUCAAUGUCGCAAGCUCCACCACGUGAUGCUAUAGAGCGUGCUUGUUGCAUUAAGGAAGAAUUACUGGCUCAGAUCGAAUCUCUUGGUGACAAAUUACCUCCAAAUACACUAGAUCAACUUAUCGAUGAAUUAGGCGGACCUGAAAACGUUGCAGAAAUGACAGGCAGAAAAGGUCGAGUUGUGCAGACUGAGGAUGGUGCGAUUCAGUAUGAAUCUCGGUCGGAAGUAGAUGUUCCAUUAGAAACUUUAAAUUUAACAGAAAAACAAAGGUUUAUGGAUGGCGAAAAAACGGUAGCGAUCAUCUCCGAGGCCGCGAGCAGUGGUAUUUCUUUGCAAAGCGAUAGGCGGGCUAGAAAUCAAAUGCGAAGAGUACAUAUAACUCUAGAACUGCCAUGGAGUGCCGACAGAGCUAUCCAACAAUUUGGAAGAACUCAUAGAUCCAAUCAAGUCAAUGCUCCAGAAUACAUUUUUCUAAUAUCCGACUUAGCUGGAGAACGAAGGUUCGCUUCAAUCGUAGCAAAACGUUUAGAAAGCUUGGGGGCUUUAACACACGGUGAUCGAAGAGCUACAGAAACAAGAGAUUUGUCACAGUUCAAUAUUGAUAACAAAUAUGGUAGGGCUGCAUUAGAAGCCACUAUGAAAACAAUAAUGGGUUAUGAAAGCCCACUGGUUCCACCACCGCAAGAUUACAAAGGAGACUUCUUUAAAGACGUUGCAGAUGCCUUGGUUGGGGUUGGACUAAUUUGUAACAGCGAGAGCAUGCCAGGCGUCUUGACCUUAGACAAAGAUUACAAUAAUAUGUCCAAAUUUCUGAACAGAAUUUUAGGAAUGCCCGUCGAUUUACAAAAUAGACUUUUUAAGUACUUCACCGACACGUUGAAUGCGAUAGUGACUCAGGCGAAGAAAACCGGUCGUUUUGAUAUGGGGAUUCUCGAUUUGGGUACAUCUGGUGAAAAUGUUAAGAGAGUAAAAUUGUACCGAUUUUUACGGAAACACGCAACCGGCAUUGCGCCAACGGAGCUACACAUCGUUCACGUUGAGAGAGGGAUGAGCUGGGCAGAAGCUAUGGAUCGGUGGGAAUCACUAACAGGAUCCAAAGAAGGCUUUUACCUGAGUCAUCAGGUCAGAAACGGAAAGCAGACAGCUAUAUUGGCUGUGGCAGUCGAAAGUGGCAAGAAAAAAGGUGAAAAUAGAAAGGACCAUCUUUACACAGUCUACAGGCCUAAUACGGGUCUGCAGUUGCGACAAGAGACGUUGGGUGAAUUAGAGAAAAAGUACAAAAAGGUGGAAACUGAAGAAGCCGAACCACAUUGGACUCAGCAGUAUGACGCAUCAGUAGACACAUGUUCUCAUGCGUACUGGCGGGGAAAUUGCAAAAAUACCACAUUGGGACUGGAUUGUGAAGUUGGAUUGCGUAGGCGAUCCUACAAUGUACUUGCAGGAUCGGUGCUGAGCGUGUGGAGUCGAGUAGAAAAUGUACUAGCUACAAGAUCUGGCCACAAUUCAAAGAUGCAGGUUGUGCGUUUGAGAACUGAUGAGAGCUUAAAAAUAGUGGGCACGUUAAUCCCAAAAUCUUGUAUGGAAGCAUUGCGCGAAGCUCUCUCAUCAGAUGCUGAAAAAACUGAGGAGCAAACAUUCUGAGCAGACUGCCAUGUGCUUGGUAUGGAAGGACCAAAAAUAUGUACGCAUGUCAUGAGUGUUGCUGUCCAUGCACUGGAUGCUGAGCUGAUGUCAGAACAAAUAAAUACGUCAUAUUUGCUAUUCCGUCAAGGUUAUGGAAAAAAAAAACAUGUAUAGAUCACAGAAUCUAGCGGAAUGCGAAUUACAGAAUGGUAAUUUGCUACGUAGUUGUUUCCACCACGAAUAGGAAGAAGUAACUCUUUAGAUUCGAAAAUAAAUCUAAUAUCGCUGUGUGUGGAUACGUUUAGUGUAAUAGAUGAUGUGGACGAUGGAUAUUUGUGACACUUUUUUGUUUCUUUUUCUUCUAGUUUCACAUCUUCAGGAUUAGUCAGAAUCGAAUAAUCGGAAGGUAAUCCUUAUUUAUUACUAAGUUUUUACCAUGAUAAAAUAAAUUAAUUAUCAGAAUUAUUACUAUUAAUAUUAUUAUUACUGUCAUUCAAAGAUGCAAACGACUAAAUUUUAAGAAAUAUUAUAGGGUUAAAAGUGAAAUCGAGAAAAUGUAAACUUUUGCUAAACUUGAAAGGAAAGUUAGCUACCAAAAUUGUUUUCCUAUAUAUCCAACAUUAUUCGUCUUUUAUAUGUGUCGUUGGAGAAAACAAUUUUGAAAUCUUUUUUUCCGCUCUACAAGCCACAAGAAAUUGGUCAUUUGCAACAAUCUCCAAAAAAUGGAUUUAUAAGAAUUUAGAUAAGAAAGCAACUUAUCCACCAACACCUGAUAGCUUUUCUUUUUCUUGCGCCUUGCUGUAGGCGAUAAUUUUGUGAACGUAAGUCUAUGGCGUUCUAUUUUACCUUGGUCCAGUAUGAAGUACAGAUGAAACUCGGAAUUUUAUUCUUGCCGUUUUUAUUCUCUAGCAAAAGUGUACAAUGCGACGCAUCUUCUCUAACAGUGUGACUGAAAGUGUGUUAGGUAUUGAAACGUAAGAGAACGUGACUUUCAGUUUACUACAUUCUUGUAGGUGCUGUAAUUAGGACAAAAAAAACCGAGAAUUCGUCACGUAUUUCGAUGUAAGGGUAUUAAACAUUCUCCAACUUGAUUCGGAAAUUCAUUUCAACACAAAGUUUUUGACUGAGAAGUAACUUUCGGUGAAGCAAUCCGCAUCACCAUUAUCAAAUAUCUUGUUUGAACUAUUCAAUUAUCAAUAUACAUUAUUUGUUUAGAGUUAUCUAUAUCACAACCCCAUAUAUCUUUCAUAUUCACAUGUGUGAUCCAAAUCAUUGGAGAUUUUUUAUAAUCGACAUUUUCAAUAGAAGAAAUUUCAAUAAGUUCUUAUGUUUUUCAAACAUUGAGUGAACUUUAAAACAACUCUUGAUUGACGAGGAACCCUAGGUAAGUCGACCUCUCUGAUUUUGAUCUUGCUCACAUAUCUUUUAGUGCAUCGAAAACUAAUAGACACAUAUUUCUUUUAUCUGCUAAUAAACGGUUUAAAGGGGUGAAAAUAACAUCCAAAGAUGGACACCCAAUGGGGUAGUUUCUCAGUUUCGUACUGAAGCACUUGAUGUACUUGAAUGAAACAUUCAAAUACAUUAAUUAAACUUGAACGAAACCAAUGCUGAAAUGUUCCAUUCACCAGUAGACAGUUUCUGCUUUAGGUUGAUUUAAAUACAUUAAGCGCUUCUGUUUGGAACUGAGAAACCUAUCUUGCCGGGUGCUCAUCUGUGGGGGCCAUUAUCACCCCUUUAAACCAUUUACUAGUAGAUAAAAAAAAUAUACGUCUGUCAGUUUUCAUUACCCUACAACAUAUAUGAACUAGAUCAAAAUUGAAUGGGUCGACCAACCUGGGGUUUCUUGUGAGUGUCACUGACAUGGUAUUGUUUACUUCAAAUAUAAUACAGAUAAGUAGUUUUUUAACAGAGGUCUUAAAUUAAGGAGUUGUAAAAUUGUUUCUUUAAUAGCUGAUAGAUUUAAUCAGUGCGAUAAAAAAAAUUGGUAAAAAAGUUGGGAAUGGAAACACCAUUUUAUACAUUUUUCGCUUUGUUUAAUUUUUUUCAGUUCAAUCUGAUUCUGGUCGAUAGCCAGUACUUUUUCACUGUGUUCUUAGAUUUCGUAUAUACAUUGUAUAGGACUCAAGGACGAUUUGGCUGUGCAUUUCGCCAGGUCUUGCCCCGUGGCUGGCAUAAGUUAAUGUUAACUUUUAAUCUAUCCAACUUUUAUAAAAAUUUGACCAAAUUUCAGCUAACUUAACUUUGCUAUGUGGAAACAUGCCAAAUCAACCAAUACUGAAAAUAAUUAUAUUAUUGAGUAUAGAAAAUUCGUUGACAAAAUCAAACCUGUCUGAUUGGCACUAAAGAAAAAAAUCUCAUAAACUUUCCUGGUGAAUAUAGAUUCGUGCACUUGGGUAUUUUCUGGUGUAGAACUAAAAGAACUCUAAAACAACGCAAACAUGCCCCUAGCCAUACAAAACAGCAUAGUGCAUGAGGGUCAAGCAACUACGAUUAUUUGUUUUAUGCUGGUAAUCUAAGUGACGUUAUUAAUUGGCUUAAGUUGUUACGAAAUGGAUUCAUUGACAGUUUUGGUUGCUUUAAUGUGUUGGUUUUUUUUUUUAUUUUGAGAGUCAUCUACAGAAUUGAAUUGCACCUGAAUAUACUUUCAUGAACUCAUAUUCAAAAAAAAUAUUACAAUACCAAUUCUUUCAAUAUUAUUAUUAAUUUAUCUUUAUUUAACAAACAAAUGUUCACUCACGAAAUGUUUCCAACAUCUCUCGUAAAAAAUCAUGUUUUGUUACCUAAUGUAAUGUUUAACCAGUAAGUGUUUCAACGUAAAAAAACAAAAAACUUAAAUUUUUAAAACUAACUAAACUUCACACUCUAUAAAAAGGUUGAACGAUAGUGGUAUUAUUUUGUCUUUUAAAAUGUUAUGUAUUAUUUUGUAUCCUAUGAAGUAAUUAUUUCAUCAGUAUUAGUUUUUGAUUGGCGAUUAAAUUUUUCCACAUAUUUUACUUUACUAUGGACUAAAUGAAAUUUAUCAUGCUUUUAUUCUCAAAUCAUCUGAAUAGCCUGAAAACUUGGCGCAUAUAAUCGAUAACUAAAUGCGUUCACCCGAAUGUCCGUUAUUGUGAAUAUAUUGUCAAAAGUUAAUCGGUGGCUUAUAAUUGUUAUUCCCUCACUGAUGGUUUUAGAUUAAAGGCUGGGCAUAGUGUCGUGCAUAUUUUCAUUGUUCUUACAUUCAAUAUAGCACUUUAGCGCAUUGAAUGCUGUAUGAAAUACGAGCAAUGCGAAAUUUAAGGUACAGAAUGCAAAGCGUAUUGUAUAUGAACCACGCUAAAAGUUUAGCUGGGAUAAUGCUUGAGUUCAAGGUACCAUAUGUAGGUAAUAGUAGGCAACAGUAUGGUUUAGUAUACUACUAAAUAAUAUAAAUAUAAUAAUUCAAUUAAUGAUUACUAUUAAUGUUAGACACGCUGAACAUGAUAUAUUUAUAUUCACAAUAAUACCCGUGGUGUAUAUUAGGUGUUUGUAUGGAUCGCAAUGCAAGAUGAGUGUCUACCAGAUAACUCAAUAAAAAAAAAAAAUCUUACUUUUUUUUCAAACCUCAA